GGCGGUCUAAUCUUACGCUGUGGCCAGGGCCCCGGAAUCUGCUUUCGGAGCUGUUGCUCCUCUCGGUUCGGAGCUGGGGGCCACGGUGGGCGAGCGAUGCGAGACGGCGGGCCACUGGGGCGAGCCUGGCUGGCGCUGCUCCUCAUGGCCGCUGGAGCGGGAGGCUGGGGCGAGCCGGGCUGGCGCUGCUCCUCAUGGCCGCUGGAGCGGGAGCGAGGCCGCGGCCCGGCGCCCACGGGGAGCAGUCCCGAUCUAACGUGGUGCUGGUGGCCUGCGACUCCUUGGAUGGACGUUUGACAUUUUUUCCAGGAAAUCAGACUGUGAAUUUACCUUCCAUAAAUUUUAUGAAAAGACAUGGCACUGUCUUUCUCAAUGCCUACACCAACUCUCCAAUUUGUUGUCCUUCCCGCGCAGCUAUGUGGAGUGGUCUUUUCACUCAUUUAACAGAAUCUUGGAAUAACUUCAAAGGUCUAGAUCCAGAUUAUGUAACAUGGAUGGAUCUCAUGGAGAAGCAUGGCUACCGUGCACAGAAGUUUGGGAAAUUGGACUUUACCUCUGGACAUCAUUCAGUAAGUAACCGUGUGGAAGCUUGGACUAGGGAUGUUAAGUUCCUGCUCCGACAAGAAGGAAGACCCAUGGUGAAACUUACAGGUCAUAGGAAGCAGUUUAGAGUGAUGGAAACAGAUUGGCGGAAUACUGAUCAAGCAGUAAAUUGGAUAAAGGAAGAAGCAGUUAACUUCACUCAACCAUUUAUUCUAUACUUGGGACUAAAUUUACCACACCCAUAUCCAUCACCCUACGCGGGAGAAAAUUUUGGUGCCUCUACAUUUUUAACAUCUCCCUAUUGGCUUGAAAAGGUAAAUUAUGAAGCUAUUAAAAUACCCAAGUGGUCUUCUCUUUCAGAGAUGCAUCCAGUAGACUAUUACUCAUCAUACACCAAGAAUUGCACAGGAGAGUUUUCAAAAGAAGAAGUGAGAAAUAUUAGAGCAUUUUAUUAUGCUAUGUGUGCAGAGACAGAUGCCAUGCUGGGUGAGAUUAUUUCAGCUCUGCGAGAUACUGGACUUCUUGGAAAAACCAUCAUUAUAUUCACUGCAGAUCAUGGAGAACUUGCUAUGGAACACCGUCAGUUCUAUAAAAUGAGCAUGUAUGAGGGAAGUUCUCAUGUUCCUCUUUUAGUCAUGGGGCCAGGUGUAAGAGAACAGCAGCAAAUACCAAAUGUAGUGUCUCUUGUGGAUAUAUAUCCUACUAUGCUUGAUAUAGCAAGAAUUCCUGUCCCACAGAACCUCAGUGGAUAUUCUCUUGUACCACUGCUACAUGAAGAAGCUGAGAGCGAAGCGUCGCGCAGAGGACCUCGGCCCUCGUGGGUGCUGAGCGAGUUCCACGGGUGCAAUGUGAAUUCCUCUGCGUAUAUGCUGAGAACUGGCAAGUGGAAAUACAUCACAUACUCAGAUGGCUCUUCAGUACCACCCCAGCUCUUUGACCUUACUGCUGAUCCAGAUGAGCUUACAAAUGUUGCCAUAAAAUUCCCAGUAACUGUACAUUCCUUGGACAAAAUACUUCGCUCCAUAGUUAACUACCCAAAGGUUUCUUCUUCUGUUCAGGAGUAUAACAAACAACAGUUUAUCAGUUGGAGACAAAGUUUGGGUCACAAUUACUCAAGUGUUAUUGCAAACCUUAGGUGGCAUCAAGACUGGUUAAAGGACCAAAAAAAGUAUGAGAAUGCAAUUGACGAGUGGCUUGGGGAUGUUGAUGCUCUUCAGGGCAUUCCUUAUAGGUGUUGAUUUUUGACUGGAUGGAUUGGGAUGGAUAGGCACCCUUCCCCAACAAAUCUAAUUUAAAGCCCUCUCCAGGAGUCUGGCAAGUCACUGACCAAAGAUGCUUUUUUCCCCUGCUUUGUCAGAUGGGCCCCAUUGCUGCCAAGAAACCAGAGC